AUGUAUGACUGCCGCACACAGGGCGGCCACUUCUUCGUCUUCCAACCCUCCCUCCUGAACCGCUAUUGCAACCAUUGCUCGAAAACAAUGUCACACCCCUACCGUUGCAUACUCGAGAAAUGCGGCUACCUCGCCUGCGAAUCCUGCUCAGUGCGCAUAAACACGAACCUAGACGAGUUCCACAAGUCGCGGGAAUUAGCGAAAGCCAACGGACUACCGCUCCCUUCGCCGCUCUCACGACAGUCCCCGCCCUCCGCCACCUCCACAGGGAGGGAUGAUGAUGAUGACGGCGUCGUCGGCCGACCACGACGGGGGACCGUGGAGAGCGUUGUUGGGGCGAUUGGUUCUACGAGUUUAGGAGGCCCGGAGGCCAGUAGUGAUGGAGGCUCUGCUGCUCUGGGAGUUGGUAUUAUCGAGGUGGACGAUGACGUUCAGGAUGAGGACUAUGCGCCUCCCAAGCGGCCGUUCACCAGAAGCGCCGCUAUGGCCGCAGCGUCAGCCGCCGCGCGGCAAGGGGCGGGCCGGGCCAGGACACGGAACCCCAUCUUUCGGCCGAGGACGGGGGAGGGUGAAGGUGGUUAGCGCGUUUUUCCAUUAUUUUCUGGCAGGGAAUCGCAUGCAGAAGGUUUGAGGAAAGAAACCAACGGCAAUGAACGACUGGCAUUAUGGGUGUCUAGUCAGUAUAUGGGGCUUUUCUUCCUUCCUUUUCCCCUUUUAACCUCUUUCGUCCUUUAUCACUUCAUUUCAUCCCCACUUGCGACCGAUUUAUUAUCACUAUUUUCUCGUUUUCUUCCGAAUAAUCGUAUUUCGCGCGGAAUAUUGAAUCAUCUAUAUCAAAUUUUAGUUUAUACCUUCUUUCGUCAGGAAAAGUAGUCCAAUGCUACGCAUUCCUCCAUCACUUUGCUGCAUGUCGGUUCGAUCGCUUAGUUUGACUGGCCGGCGCGGGUGAGCGGUGAGCUCCCCUCACUAGUUUCCCUGGGUCGGGCCGAGGUCUCGCUAAACCUGUUUAGCGCGGGAUUAUCCGACUCAUGAACCUAGUCCGAAAUAACUCACGGGGUUGUGACGGGGGGGGGUUUUUUUUCUCUCUCCAUAUUUAUCAUUAUUUGUUCCUGUGGUUUUUACUUUGCCACCCAAGGCUGCGAUCUGUAUGAUAGGUAGAUUUAAUAAAAGGAAACAUGGCGUGGUAGGAAU